AUGGGAAGGAAUAUAUUAAAAAGUAGCGUCCAAAACGCAUGGUUUAGUAUCAUUUUCCAGAUUUUAUUUAGAUGCAUCACAUUUAUUUUAAAUGCUUUUAUCAUAAGAACUUUGGGCCAAGAAGUUUUAGGUAUAAUGAAUGUGAGAUUGUUAUUGCUGGAAUCGACUAUAUUAUUCCUGUCAAAAGAACCCCUUUUAAAAGCUUGUUUAACAGAUAUAAAAUCCCACAACUGGGCACAAGUCAUUAAUCAAAUAUGGUUAUCUGUACCCAUAUCUGGAAUACUGGGAUUAGUAUUGGUGUAUAUUUGGAUAAAUGUUUUAACACCAACCGAACCGAUUUAUUUGUCUCAGUAUAGAUUAGGAUGCUAUGCCGUUGCACUGACCUGUAUCGUGGAGCAAUGUAUCCAAAGUGUUGUCUUGGUGGCUCAGAGUUACUGUUUUGUUAAAUUAAAGGUUGUGAUUGAAACAAUAUACAUAGUAAGUCGUACUAUAAUAUUUUUAGUAUUAGUAAUAAAUCACCCCAAUGAAGCUAUAAAUGCCUUUUCUAUAGCUCAAAUUAUCUCUGCUGUUAUUUUAUGCUGUUGCUACUAUGGAUUCUUCUUCUGGUAUAUUCCUAUUCUAAAUAGAAUCAAAUCAGAGUCAAAUGAUAAAGAGAAGGAAGCAAAGAAAACUAUUUUCUCAGAUAUGGGUGACUUUCCAUUUAAUAGUGUUUGGGAUUUCUUUCCAGGGAUCAUGGACAAUGAGGAGCGCAUGUUAAACAGAGAUUUGUGCUUGUUGACGGCCAGUUUUGUCAAGCAGUCAGUUGUCAAACAAGUAUUAACAGAAGGAGAAAGAUAUGUUAUGACUAUAUCCCCCGUAUUGACUUUUAGUCAGCAAUCAAUGUACGAUAUAGUAAACAAUUUAGGAAGCUUAGCGGCAAGAUUCAUUUUUCGUCCUAUAGAAGACUCAGCAUACUUUUAUUUUACUCAAAUGAUAAAAAGAGAUGUUCCUCUUAAAAGUCAAGAGCAGAAACACAUAUCAGAAUCUGCUGAAGUCUUGGCUCAACUGUGCAAAGUGGUUAUGAGCAUAGGAUUGGUGGUUGUAGUAUUUGGUCAAGCAUACAGUUAUACAGUGCUGUACCUUUAUGGUGGCCCUAAAUUGGUUGAAAAUAACCUUACGGUGACAUUAUUACGUUUUCAUAGUUUUGCUAUUGUUUUACUUGCCGUGAAUGGUGUAACAGAAGGCUAUGUGUUUGCGACAAUGAAUAAUGAACAGUUAGACAGGUACAACUACAUUAUGGUGAUAUUUUCAAUAACGUUUUUAUUGAUCUCGUACAUUUUUACCUAUAUUUUUGGGCCAGUUGGUUUUAUACUGGCGAAUUGCAUUAAUAUGUGUGCCAGAAUAAUCCACAGUAUUAUUUUCAUUGAAAAGAAGUACAAAGAUACAAAACACCAACCUCUUAUUGGACUUAUACCUACGUAUAAUUUUGUUAUUGUUUUGAUUGUGUCUGGUAUUCUGACAAAAUUAUCAGAGAUUUACAUAUUAAAUACAUCUAUUAUCCUUCAUAUUGGCGUUGGAGCUAUUUUGUUUAUAAUAACAAUAUCUACUUGGGCUCUGGAAAAUCUGACAUUGUUAAGAUUGGGUUACGAUAAAUAUAAGCGAAGGGCAUCAUUAAAAACUGAUUAAUAUUAGAAAUAUGCAACCAAAGAAUAUGUGAUAAAGAUUUAUUAUUAUAAAAGCAUUAAUAAA